GAGUCAACAUCGCUCAUCACCUGAGCCCUGUCCUCAUAGAGAGCUUGUUCCAUCCCUCCGCUCCCUGUUGUGUUCUUUUUUCCUGAGCGGUCGCCUUCAUUCUUCGUUUACUCUGAACCUAUCUUCACCUGAAGUUCUUCGUGCGUAUCUUCAGCGUCCACGCUCCUUACAUCCCACUUUUGCCCUCUCGCCCUCUCUUUUAGCCCCGCCCUGAGUCCUCUUUUCUUCUCUUUCAUUAUCUUAAUUGGUCGUUUGUUCUGACCUUGUUCGCCCUUCCAUUCUUUCAUCGAUAACUAUACUUUUCCUUUACUUCGCCUUCGCGUUCUUUAAAAAUUAUGCUCUCCGACGAGCAGUACUCGGGCUUCUCUCACUAUACGGCUUCUCUCAAUCCUCAUUACCAUAAUCUUGACUACGACAUGAAGCGCACCCAAGACUCUAUCGGUGGCCCGGAUCCGUCCAAGAUCAAGAAAGCUCGCAUCGACAACCUUCCCUUCUAUCAGUCUGCCUCGACUAUCGGUCAAACCUCUUCCCCUGCUCAGCUCUACACCUCCCCAGCGAAUGCGCCUUUUGCAAACUCCAACCAGACCAGCAUCAGCAAUGUGUUUACCGGCAUGAAUACUCCUAACGGGAUGCAGGCUGGCACUCUUGGUUACCCAAACAGUAGUCCUCAAGGGCAGGCGCCUCCGACUCCAAACACUGCUUCUCCCGCACAGGCUAUGUUUGCGCAAAAUUCCCCUCAGCAGCAACAGUUCCAACAGCAAUUCAUUCAGAAUCAACAGCAGCAACAGGCCCAAGCCCAGCUGAUGGCAAUGAAUGCGGCUGCCGGCAUGAUGAAUGGUGGGAUGAACAUGUUGAGCAAUGGCAUGCCAAACAUGUAUAAUAACAUGCCGCUGAACAUGGGCUAUGGAUUCCCUCAGAUGGCCAAUGCGUAUCAACAGCACGGUCUCUCUAUGGGCAAUCAGCUCACCAUGAACCCCUCACAUGCUGUGGUUGCAACUGGCAGCGUCGCCGGUAACUCAACAGGACGUACGGUCUACAUCGGGAACCUCCCUGCUGACGCGUCAGUUGACGAACUCCUGAAUCUGGUUCAUUUUGGUCCACUUGAAGCCGUACGCGUCCUUCCUGAGAAGUCUUGCGUAUUUAUCUCCUUCUUGGACGGUGCAACUGCAGCUGCCUUCCAUGCGGAUGCUACCGUCAAGAAAUUGUCGUUGCAUGGCCAGGAGCUUAAGAUUGGCUGGGGCAAGCCAAGCCCUGUUCCUAGUCAGGAAUGUUUACUUGGGGGCUUGGAUGAGAACAUGACUGAGGAGCAACUUCGAGAUGAUCUUAGCCGCUUUGGCCUCAUUGAUCAGGUUAAAAUUGUCCGAGACAAGAAUAUCGGCUUCGUCCAUUUCUUGAGUAUCUCCACCGCUACCAAGGUGGUUGCUACACUUCCAACUGAGCCAGCUUGGGCCGGGAAACGCGUUAAUUACGGCAAGGAUCGUUGCGCGUAUGUACCCAAAACUCAACAGAACCAGCAAACCCAGCUUGGAACGUUCGGAUCUAUUGGCAGCUUCUCGCCUUUCUCUCCCCUUACAGCGACAGCGUUCGGUGUGAAUGGCUUCGGCUUCGACACCGCUGUCUCCAAUUUCUCCAAUCUUGCCGGACAGCAGCACAAUCGCACCGUAUAUUUGGGUAACAUCCAUCCCGAGACCACGACAGAGGACCUGUGCAACACUAUUCGCGGAGGCAUCCUCCAUAGCCUUCGUUACAUGCAGGACAAACACAUUGCCUUCGUUACCUUCGUGGAUGCCGCGGCCGCUUAUACAUUCUACAACGUUGCGUCCCUUCAAGGGAUCACACUCAAUAACCGUCGCCUCAAGGUUGGUUGGGGCAAAAGCUCUGGAGCCCUUUCCCCCGCGCUUGCCCUCUCGAUCCACGCUGGUGCCACGCGCAAUGUAUAUGUUGGGAACAUAGAGGAUUACGACCUGUUCACUGUUGAGAAGUUAAAGAGGGACUUUGGCGAGUAUGGCGAAAUCGAACUCGUGAACACGCUCAAGGAAAAGAAUUGUGCCUUCGUCAACUUCACCAACAUUACUAAUGCAAUCAAGGCUAUCGACGGCAUCAAGAACAAGCCUGAUUACGUCAGCCUUCGCAUUGCCUAUGGCAAAGACCGCUGCGCCAAUCCUCCCCGUGCUGGUCUCCAGAACCAUAGGAACAAGUCAGGGAACCGGGUUAGUCCUGUCCCCGGCUUUGGGGAGAUUCUCGAGGAGAGCGAUGGUGGGAAUGCUUCACCUAGCGCCGGCAAUGAGGUGUGAAAAGGAUAGAUGUAUUUCCUCGACGCCUGUGGAAUCGAUCACAAUCUGGGUUGCCUCGGCGUUGUCUCCCGAAUGAAAAGUGACAUUUCUACUAGUCCCAUUUAUUACGCUUUUGACUCCCUUUUAACUCCAUUUUUUGUUGGUAAUAGUGUGAACGAAGCCCACUGCCUUCGUUCGUAUUUGCCCUUAUUUAUUUCUGUGAUUCUGUUAUUUGUUCCUAUUUCUUACUUAUUCCUGAGGAACUUCAGCUCCUGGUUUCCCCCUUUGAAGUUUAGUGAAUCCUUUGGUGUUCUCGUAUCGUCACGGACUCCCUAUCCUCUUUCCUCGACGUCUCACUUAUCGUAGUAGCCCAAUUGUUCGUCGUUAACUCUACCUGUGUCGGUCAAUACGUUGUGGCGUGCGCGUCUGUGUCUUUAUGUUCUAUACCAAAAUAUAUUACACCGGAUGCCCUC